AUGGCCACCCUCGAGGCAGUCAAGUACUCCCGCGGAAAGCUGCUCGUCCUCGACCAGCUUCGUCUGCCACACGAGCACCACUACGAUGAGGUGAACACGGCCGAGCAGGCGUUCGACUGCAUUCGAGCGAUGCGCGUGCGCGGCGCCCCCGCCAUCGCCAUCGUCGCCGCCCUCGCCCUGGCCGUCGAACUUCACCACGGUGCCUGCAAGGCGACCACUGUCCAAGAUACCAUUAGCUACAUUGACGGCCGCCUAGACUACCUAAAAGAGUCCCGGCCCACAGCAGUCGACCUCUUCAACGCAAUUGCCAAACUCAAGGCCGCCAUCCGCGUAUCCCCCUCUUCCCCUACCGAUAUCAUUUCGACCUUUAUCGCCACUGCCGAAGAGAUCCUCCGCCUCGACCUCUCCAACAACACCUCCAUCGGCGCCCACGGUGCAGACUGGCUCACGCAACAGUAUAAUCUGUCCUCAUCCAACAAAAUUUCUGUCCUGACCCACUGCAACACCGGCUCCCUCGCCACCUCAGGCCAUGGCACCGCCCUCGGCAUUAUCCGCACUCUCCACUCCCGGCAACUCCUCUACCACGCUUACUGCACCGAAACCCGCCCAUACAACCAAGGCUCUCGCCUUACCGCCUUCGAACUCGUCUUCGAGGGCAUCCCCUCGACCCUCAUAACCGACAGCAUGGCCGCCGCAUUGUUUAAGCUCCGCCGCGAGUCGGACAAAAUCGGCGCCGUAAUCGUCGGCGCAGACCGCGUCGCCCGCAAUGGGGACACAGCCAACAAAAUCGGCACAUAUGCACUCGCCGUGCUGGCGAAGCACCACGGGGUGAAGUUCAUUGUUGCUGCGCCCACGACCUCGAUCGAUCUGGAAACUGAGUCAGGAGAUGGGAUUAAGAUCGAAGAGCGGAAGAAGGAAGAGCUGACGCAGAUCAGCGGGGCGGUGAUCCGCGAGGAUGGGAGCGUUGAUACCAGUCGGACAGUGAGGGUCGCGACGGCGGACCAGAGGAUUGAUGUGUGGAAUCCGGCGUUUGACGUCACGCCUGCGGAGUUGAUUGAUGCGAUUGUCACGGAGAGAGGGACCGUUGUGAAGGGGCCCAACGGGAGAUUUGAUUUUAAGGAGGUGUUGCCAGAGAGGUGGCGGUGGUAA